AUGUCGGCUUCGUUGGGUCGCCCGUCUGGCGGCCCAUUAAUCAACUGGUUAGAAGCGCUGGAAAAAGAUUUUGAUAAAACAUUUGUUGAUCUCGAUUUACUACUUGGCGAUAUUGACUCAGAACAGGCGGACUUAACCUUUGAAAGUCGACGCAAAAUGGCAGCACUAAGUGGUGUGUUCGCUCAGUUGGUACAUAAGGCUCAAACGAUAUUUGAAUGUAACGCUCGACAAGAGGCGGAUAUAGCACAACUAAAAUUGGAACUUUAUGAUUCUCAGGCGUCUGAAAUAGAGUUACAGAAAGUUGCUCAACAUUUAACACUUCAAGUAAGCUCUGCUUUACAUUUUAACAACUUUAGUUUAGCAAUUACUGCAUUACCAAAAAGAAGAAAAAUUGUUUGA